AGUUUCUUUUUCUCUUUCUUUGCGCACGGUUCAGUGGUAGGAAAAUUAGGAGGAAUCGUUCAGUAAAGUCCCGAGAUCCGUUCGCUAUUGCCCGACUCGAAUAAAAUCCAUAUACACAUAUAUCAAAUAAACAAAGGAAAGGAGUCCUCAGAGAAGAGAAUAACGUGUUAAAUAUAGCAAAAACAACUAAAAAAAAGUGUGCACUAAGUAAAGAAAGCAGAGACCCAAGGAAAGUUGAAAGUUGAAAACCAGAAUCUCGACGAGAACAAAAUAAAAAGUUUCCAAAAACCGACACAUCACACACGCACGCAGCAAAAUGAGUGUCUGUGAGAGCAAAGCCGUUGUGCAACAGCAACUGCAGCAGCACUUGCAGCAACAGGCAGCCGCAGCAGUUGUUGCGGUCGCGCAACAGCAGCAGGCUCAAGCCCAAGCUCAAGCCCAGGCUCAGGCCCAGGCUCAGGCACAGCAGCAGCAACAGGCGCCGCAGGUGGUGGUCCCCAUGACCCCGCAGCACUUGACCCCGCAGCAGCAGCAGCAGAGCACACAGAGCAUCGCCGACUAUCUGGCCCAGUUGCUCAAGGACCGCAAGCAGCUGGCCGCCUUCCCCAACGUCUUCACCCACGUCGAACGCCUGCUGGACGAAGAAAUUGCACGCGUGCGCGCCUCACUGUUCCAGAUCAAUGGGGUCAAGAAGGAGCCGCUCACUCUGCCCGAACCCGAGGGCUCUGUGGUGACGAUGAACGAGAAGGUUUAUGUGCCAGUCCGCGAGCAUCCAGAUUUCAACUUUGUCGGUCGCAUAUUGGGACCCCGUGGCAUGACCGCCAAGCAAUUGGAGCAGGAGACCGGCUGCAAGAUCAUGGUCCGAGGCAAGGGUUCCAUGCGCGACAAGAAGAAGGAGGACGCCAACCGUGGCAAGCCCAACUGGGAGCAUCUGUCCGAUGACCUGCAUGUCCUGAUAACCGUCGAGGACACCGAGAACCGUGCCACAGUGAAGUUGGCCCAGGCCGUGGCCGAAGUACAGAAGUUGCUCGUACCGCAAGCCGAAGGCGAAGAUGAGCUAAAGAAACGUCAACUCAUGGAAUUGGCGAUUAUUAAUGGCACUUAUAGGGACACAACAGCGAAAUCUGUCGCAGCUUUCUCAUGCGUUGGCUCUGCUUCUUAUCUGUAUCCCGCAGUGUGCGAUGAGGAGUGGCGCCGCCUGGUUGCCGCCUCUGAUAGCCGCCUGCUGACGUCCACCGGCCUGCCCGGCCUUGCCGCCCAGAUCCGUGCCCCCGCUGCCGCCCCGCUGGGCGCCCCAUUGAUCCUGAAUCCCCGGAUGACCGUCCCCACAACGGCGGCCAGCAUAUUGUCCGCCCAGGCCGCUCCGACAGCCGCCUUCGACCAGACCGGCCAUGGAAUGAUCUUCGCACCGUACGAUUAUGCGAACUACGCCGCCCUCGCCGGCAAUCCUCUGCUCACGGAAUAUGCUGAUCAUAGCGUAGGCGCCAUUAAGCAGCAGCGUCGUUUGGCGACUAACCGCGAGCAUCCCUAUCAGCGAGCAACGGUCGGAGUGCCAGCCAAGCCGGCGGGUUUCAUUGAGAUACAGUAAAUACCAUGCAUAGUGAAUCGAGAAAUGCGAAGCACUAUAACUCAGAAAGUAACACUCUAAAAUCACACCAUAUCGGCGAAAGCAACUUUAUAACUUUUAAUCAAUAAUGUACGAGAAGAACAGAAACCAAUUAAGAACAACGGAAAUCGAACGAUUGCGUUUGCCUGCCCUUUGAUUGCGUACGCCAGGCAACCGAUCACUUUAGUUCAAUUAUUUUAAAUUUUUGCUAUUUAUUUUGAUACAAAUGCUGCUCAUAACUGACCAUCCAAACACCCAAUCCACACUGUAUAUCCGAUGAAACCUGGCCGGAAUCGUUGGCCUGGCCUGGCCGCUCUGCCCUGAUCAGGGUUCUGAAAAAAGAAUUUUCAAGCGCACCGCCUCCACAGGAAACUAAACAAAUGUCCUAAACACACUACCAAUCCGCUCCCACAUCCGCCAUGAACCAUGAAUCCAUCGCCUGCCGUAGAUGAGCACGGAAUCAGAGCAGCAGCAGCAUCCCAGCCAGGCCGAAAGCAGAGCCACGUGUGUGUUGUGAAUGUGCUUAGUUGAAGCUAACAAAAAAGCAUAACCAAAAGCCAGAUAUCUGAGACACCACAUGUCACUUACACAACUACUAAAACCCUGAACCCCUCCGAACUCCAAACUAUGAACCUAUUUGCCACAUGAGCAGCAGAUGCAGCACAGCAUUCAACACCAGCAGCAUCACAAAAUCAACAGCAAAAGCAAAAGCAAAAGCAACAGCAACAGCAAACGAACAGCAGCAACAUCAGUAUGUAUUGAAUCUUGUGGCCAUUAAACUGUUACGUUUUGCCAGCAAACAAAACAAGGCAAUUAAGCAAACGAUUGAUAAGAGAAUCAAACAUAGAGCUUAGUUUAAUUAUCAUAAUCUAAAGGAAAAUACAAGUUAGUUCUUAGUGUAAAAGUUCAACGAACAAAAACAUACUUAAUGCAAGCAUAUACAUAUAUAUAUAUAUUUAAAUAUAUACAUCCAAAUGCAUAUACAAGUCUGUAUAUAAUAACCCCAAAAGCCCCUAAGCACAAAAAAUAAGGAAAAUCAUGUUAACGGAAUCUCAUCCAAGAAACUCUACUCAACCAACCAAAACUGUUUUAAUUUUUUUAAAAAUCUGCACUUUUAACUCAAAUUGCAAAGAUGAAUCUUUACACUUUUCAUUGUAAUCCUUUAAUGGAUUGUGCAAGAAGUCUAUUUAAAUCCAUAUUGUGUCGGAUAUAGACUAUCACCCUUCGAUUAAGCAUAAUCUAUUUUUGUUAAACUGACGCUAAUUCUUGUUAAUGAAGUAUUUUUUGAUUACGUUAUUGCAUAUCUAUAUUUUAUGUAUAGAUUUCGACCCCACUUCAAAUCGAUCGUGUGAAAAGUAAGUGGGGGCGAAACAGAAACAACAUAUUAAACACAUUUAACAGCCAUAUUUAGUUAAUGAAACAAGCAUAUAUUAUGAUAAUAGCAGCAAGCAUUCAUAAUUUACAACUAAACGCUAAACUUAAAUUAUUUUUAAUAUUUUAAAGCUAAUGUAUUAUAUGCAGAAAUAAACACAAACUUACUUUUUUAAACGAAUAAUUCUUCUUUGAAAGCGAUUGCCACAACAAAAUUGAAUUCUUUAAUUUAAAAUAAAUAUCACGCCGCCAGUAAUGGCAAAAAUGUAUCUAUUUUAUAAUAGUGAAUGAAAUAAACGAAAUGCAGAAAAAUUAGCACGGAACAAAACUAGAAAGCGAAAGUGAAUUGCAUUUAAUUUAUGGUACAAAGCAACCAACGCAAAGUUGUUGCAAACUUUAUUUUAAAUUAAAGAAUUUGCAUUAAAUUUUGUUGACAAAAAGGAAAUCUUAUCAAUAUGUGCCUUAAACAAGUUGUAUAAUUGGCACCAAUCAAAAUGAAAAUUAAAUAUAAAACAAAAUGAAAAGUAUACAGAAACUCUGUUGAAAUUAUUCUGCGAAAUGUGAGACUUAUACUCAGAAACAAAACGAUGUUCAACCACAUGGGAGUUGACUAAUCUUUUAAUGUUAAUAAACAUAAUCAUAAUGUAUAACUUUUAUUGAUAAUGACGGCAAUCGUGCAAUCGUAGCAAACCUUGCUUAUGAUGAGUUCAGAAUUAAUUUUAACACGAUGAAAAUGUAAUCCUUUCGAUAAUUGAAUAACAGAAAGUAAACGAAUCGUCUCGAUUUAUUCGCAUUACAUUAAUCGUAUGCUGUGCACCCAACAUCGCAUAAUAAACAUCAUUCAUUCAUUCUUUGCCAGCAUUGUAUAAUUUUAACUUCAUAAUUUGAGAAGGAAAUCAUUGAUUUUGUGUGAGAUAAUCCAUAUGUUCAAAACCUAAUAAUAUACAUAUAUAAAAAACGCACAUGUAAUUAAAUGCAUACCAGGUGUACAAGUAGGGAAUGUCGGUUCGAACAUAUAGAUGUCUCGCAAACGUAAAUAUUUAUCGAUUGUCAUAAAACUUUGACCUUGUGAAGUGUCAACCUUGACUGUCGAACCACCAUAGUUUGGCGCAAAUUGAGCGUCAUAAUUGUUUACUCUCAGUGCAGUCAACAUGUCGAGUUUCGUGCCGAAUAAAGAGCAAACGCGGACAGUAUUAAUUUUCUGUUUUCAUUUGAAGAAAACAGCUGCGGAAUCGCACCGAAUGCUUGUUGAAGCCUUUGGCGAACAAGUACCAACUGUGAAAAAGUGUGAACGGUGGUUUCAACGCUUCAAAAGUGGUGAUUUUGACGUCGACGACAAAGACCACGGAAAACCGCCAAAAAGGUACGAAGACGCCGAACUGCAAGCAUUAUUGGAUGAAGACGAUGCUCAAACGCAAAAACAACUCGCAGAGCAGUUGGAAGUAAGUCAACAAGCAGUUUCCAAUCGCUUGCGAGAGAUGGGAAAGAUUCAGAAGGUCGGUAGAUGGGUGCCACAUGAGUUGAACGAGAGGCAGAUGGAGAGGCGCAAAAACACAUGCGAUAUUUUGCUUUCACGAUACAAAAGGAAGUCGUUUUUGCAUCGUAUCGUUACUGGCGAUGAAAAAUGGAUCUUUUUUGUUAAUCCUAAACGUAAAAAGUCAUACGUUGAUCCUGGACAACCGGCCACAUCGACUGCUCGACCGAAUCGCUUUGGCAAGAAGACGAUGCUCUGUGUUUGGUGGGAUCAGAGCGGUGUCAUUUACUAUGAGCUCUUGAAACCCGGCGAAACGGUGAAUACGGCACGCUACCAACAACAAUUGAUCAAUUUGAACCGUGCGCUUCAGAGAAAACGACCGGAAUAUCAAAAAAGACAACACAGGGUCAUUUUUCUCCAUGACAACGCUCCAUCACAUACGGCAAGAGCGGUUCGCGACACGUUGGAAACACUCAAUUGGGAAGUGCUUCCGCAUGCGGCUUACUCACCAGACCUGGCCCCAUCCGAUUACCACCUAUUCGCUUCGAUGGGACACGCACUCGCUGAGCAGCGCUUCGAUUCUUACGAAAGUGUGAAAAAAUGGCUCGAUGAAUGGUUCGCCGCAAAAGACCAUGAGUUCUACUGGCGUGGAAUCCACAAAUUGCCCGAGAGAUGGGAAAAAUGUGUAGCUAGCGACGGCAAAAACUUUGAAUAAAUGAUU